CAGGCGGUGAGCCACCGCCACGCCGCGGGCGAGCCGGGAGAGCGCGAGCGCGCCGGUCGCCACCGUUCGCGCUUCAGUCAUCCUCCGACCGCCGGUGGGGGACGACGCGCCUGUGCGACACCGCGAGUGGGCCAGACAGCAGUGGUGGGUCGCGCCACAACACAGAAAUAGACGGGCAUCGGAGCCAGCUGUGACCGGGACGGAACGGCUCAGACGACCGGCGAUUUGGCGUCCGCCCCGUCAAGGUCAGCUCAGAUAUCAUCGCCGAUCUUCUCCGUUAGUGUGGGCCUCCUUGGUGCACCAUCUCAGUGGAGCUUAGCUCGGUCAUCGCCAGCGUCCCUCCUGCAGUCCCGCCGGCCUGCCCGCUGUCUGUAUGGCGAUGACGGAGGUGCUGAGCGGCGGCCGGGGCGGCGGCGGGGGCGGCGGCGGCGCGCUGGACCGCAUGCUGCUGGCGCCUGUCCACCUGCUGCACGCCAUCACCAGCAACGACCAGCUGCGGGCGGCGCAGGCGCUCGAGUCCGGCCUCGACUGCGACCACCGCUUCAACUACGGCGCCGCCAUCCGGCCGGCCGUCAACAUAUGCGCCGAGAAGGGACACACCGACAUCAUGAAGCUGCUGAUUGCUCGCGGCUGCUCGGUGAAUCAGCUGGACUCGACGGGCCACAGCCCGCUCCACAGCGCCGCACUGCUUGGUCACACGGCUGCCGUACGGCUGCUGUUGAAGCACCGCGCCGCGCCCAACACGCGGAACGCACACCGGCAGACGCCGCUGCACGCCGCAGCCGACGGCAACCGGCUCGACAUCACCCGCCUGCUGCUGGACGCCGGCGCCGACCCGAACGUCUCGGACGCCAGUGGACGCACACCGCUGAUGAACGCCUGUGCGCGCGCCAACCACGACCUGGCGCUGCUACUGGUUCGCCGCGGCGCCUCUGCCGCCCCGUGCGCCAACUCGCACGACUCGGCGCUGCACCUGCUGUGCUCGAGCCCGCCGCGGGCCGGCUUCGCCUACCUGGACUCGCUGCUGCUCACGGAGUUGGUGCGCGCCGGCGGACGUCUGGAGAGCCGCACGGCGCGCCUCUGCACGCCCCUUCACCUGGCGGUGAUGGCCGGUAACGUGGCCGCCGUGGAGGCGCUGCUCGAGCUCGGCGCCGAUCCGUCGGCCGUUACCGACAUCGGGCAGAGCGCCGUGCUGCUGGCGGCGCAGGGCGGCCGCGCAGAGCUGGUCCGCACGCUGCUGCGGCGCGGCGCCGACCCGACCGUCUCUGACGUGCUCGGCCGCAGCCCGCUGUCCGCCGCUUUCGGCACCCGGGGCCGCGAGCAGCUGCUGGAGCUGCUGCUGGACUUCGGUCUGCGUCCAGCCCCGGUACUGCUGCAGCGUCCGCCGGCGCGCAGCCCCUCCGACCUCUGGCGGAGACUGGCCGAGGCGGCCCGCCAGCCGCCACCUCUCAGCGCCCUCUGCCGCCGGAGCGUGCUGGCGGAGCGGCGUGGCCCGCACCCUCCGUCCGUCUCCCUGCUGCCGCCCAGUCUGCAGCGCUACAUCGAGCUGAGGGACCGGCCUGGCACUGAGGAGUCCUCUGCGGCCACCACGGCCGUGCGCACCGUGGCUGCACAUCGACGGUGACCGCACGAGACGGACAACGACCGAAAGCUCAGCGAGACGGACGAGACGGACGACGGAACUGAUGUGAAAGGAACGAUGUUUUACCCUAACGAUGACCGAAGGAGAAGGUGAAGAGGGCGAAUGGAGAGGUCUUCUCCCUUUUUGCCGGUUUUUACGUUGAAGCGUCAACAAGGAACGGAGAACUGUGGAAAACUGACGGAAUUCAAAUACUUCCCGUCCUACAUCUUUUCUUCGAAUUGUUAAGGCCUGGCUACACUAUGCGUUUUCUGCGUGCGUUUUUUGCGAGUUUGCGUGAUUUGCGUAAUAUCGUUCUAGAAAAAAGUUAUUAGUAAUAUAACUUCUUAAAUAAUUAUCUAAAAAUUAAUAAAACUUUAAUAUUAAUAAAAAGUUUAUGUGAAAAACUUAUAACAAAAACGUAAUGUCGUUUCUUUCUAUAGAAGGAUAUUACGCAAAUCACGCAAACUCGCAAAAAACGCACUGAGAAAACGCGUAGUGUAGCCAGGCCUUUACAGUUUGAGGCUGCGACUAGCGAAGUAAAUGACGCUUCUUUUGAGCGAUGAAGGCUUUCAUUAACUGACUCGUCUGGCAUAAGGACGAUUUUUUUUUUUGUCCGUCAUCCCGAGCACUUAAAUGUUCACCUACUACCCUUAUUUAUGUGAUUCAUCUGGGCAUCCGUUAUGCACAAAUGCGAUCUCAUUAUUGAAAAGGGUGUUUUAUAAACAGGAACGCUGACAUGAAAAUACAGUGGAGCUAUUUUUGCCUCGGUUGAGGACGAACCGCCACUUAAAAAAACGUUUUCAAAGCGAGGAUCUGGUACUGCUUGAACAACAACAGAUGCGACAUAUCCUGCUUUCUGGUUGCUAAUGGAGAUAAGACAGGGACAAAUGUCAACUCUACAAGUAAAGUGUAUGCUGUAUGUCUACGUGUGUAAUGUGUAUGUAAUGUAUGUAAGUAUGUAUGCCUGAAUUUGGAUGCAUGUAUGUAAGCAUGCUGUAUGUGUUUGUCGGAGGGAAGGUAAAAAAAGUGAUGCUGGGAGAAAUGGGUUAGAUAUUUGCUAUACCGCGCGCCGAUUUUCCCUCACGAUGCCUUGGUUGGUGCCGUUAGUAUUUAUUAUUACUGUAUGCAUCCUGGGCAUUAGUGUUGUAGCCGAACGUCAAAACUGUACCUACUUAACGAGUCUCUCCAUGGGAGCAUUGAUAUCGCCUCACUGACCACUGACCAGUCCUUUGGACUGAUAAAUGCUGGAUAAAUGUGCAAAGGAAAGAGCAGAGAAGGUGGUCAGCAAGAAAACAGCGCGCUUUAACUGUCACUAAUGCACCCGAGGAUCUCCAUGUUGGUAUUACUAUUAGUUUGUAAACUGUACCUCAUGCUAUACACGGCGAAUAAUAAACUUUUAAACAUCG